UUAUGGGCGUGGCAAGCUCGUAAAACUGCACACUCAUGUGCACACAGAAGACACAACACAAGCAUCACAAAGCACUCCUCUCCUAAGACAAUGAGCUCAAAGUAUGGCUAUUCCAAACUCGCCACGGUGGAUCCCGACUCUCUAAUAUCAGGCUCCAAUAACUAUGGAGCCGCAGCAAACCCUCUACCUGACCCAAUUCUAAAGAAGAAGAGACCCAAAACAACCCCAAGACCAUUAAGACCAGGCCUAUUCUAUCAGUUUGGUGACAGAGGUCGGUUUGCAGAGGAGCAUCCCUCAGAAUCAGAUCACGACGCCAUUGAACUAGUGGAAAUAAAGCCACGAAGGAUGAAGCUACGAAGAGGUAGACUGAAGAGUCCUAAGAGUCCUAAGAGUCCGAAUGCAAAGACGACUAGUUACUCGCGCAGUAAGACGGUGCUGGUUGAAGAGCCGAUACUACCCGGAGACACUGUACUGAGAGUGGCAUUGAGAUAUGGAUGCAGAGAUUCAGAGAUCAGAAGAGUCAACAAUCUGUACAGAGAUCAGGACUUCUUUGCUCUAAAAAAAGUCAAAAUACCCGUGAGGGAGCAUGGUGUAUUGAGUGAAGACUCAGCCCGUGAGAAGUGUCGGCAUAACAACCUGGAGGAGAGAGGCACAGAGAGUUCAGGUGGAGCUACUACUUCCGAUGAGAUUAGAUUCGGAGGUGCUGCAGCGUAUUAUAACUCAGAGGAGGAAGCGAGUUGUUUGUCACGUGACGCAGACGACGAAUCAGGCGACUCAGAGGGCCCUGAGUAUCGGGAUAUUAGUAUACAAUCGGCCAUUAAAUGGAAAAAUACUAAUAAGACUUUAUUGCAGAAACUCGACGACGAUUUACAACGAGUAAGAGAUGAUACCGAGAAGAGGAUAUCGAACGCGAAGGAGGUUCGGUUUACCAUGGAGAAUCCUACUAUCCAACCUGUCUACAAGAAAGAUGUGUCCAUUGAUAACAGACUCAUGAACUAUAUUAUGGACUGGAAAGUAUUAGUUGCUGCUAUAGUAUUGUUACUAGUAGGGGCUGGUGUAUGGGUGGGUGUGGUCUUAGUAGCUAAUUACAAAUCUCGAACUUCAUGAUCUUUAUAAUUAUUAAAAUUCUGCUCUUUUUUGAACACAACAAUUUUCACUAAUCACAUGUUUUAUAACAUGUAACCAGAUGUUCAUUCCAAACUUCA